CAGUGGCAGGCAUUUUAUUCCCAUUCAUCAGACAGGAAGACUCAAUUUCAGACAGCUUAGGGCUCAAGGCACAUCCCAGGGGAGCUGAAGCCAAACAAUAGGUGAUUCUGUGAACUCUGUGGAGAUAACGCCCUGGGGCAGUGGCUCCUCCACCCCCACUCACACACUGUAUAAGGGCCAGGAGGCCUCAGAAGGAUGCCCAGCUGCCCAGCCUGGUGACCCGGACCACGCUGCUCAGACCAUGGGAGCUCCUCGCCUCAGCGCCUUUCACAUCCUACAGGCGCUGUGUGUCUGGCUGAUUCUGUUGGAGGAUGGACCCCAGAACACCAGGGCCUCUGCCUGUCGCCGGCCGUGCCCUGCAAACUCCAUAUGUUUCAAUGGCAAUACCUGUCGCUGUGAUCGGGGAUUCAGAUCUUCAUCUGGGAAGAUCAUCAUCAGCCACGGGGAGGCUUGUGAAGGUACAGAGGCUUGGGGUGGUGGAGGACUACAUGGAGACGGAAUGGUGGUUGGUGGCCUCAGCCUUUGUUCUCAGACCAUCAUGAAGGACAGAGAAAAGAGAAAGAAAAAGAAAUGAAGGUGGAAAAUGAGAAGUGAAUAAACAUGG